AUGGCCGACAGGCCUCCCGACGCGGCCGUGCUGGCUCCGCGCGGCAGCACGGAGGCCCCCCCGCCCGCGGACUGCGACCUCGGGCCCCUGCUGGAGCGGGCCCGGGCGGCGCACGAGCGGGAGGUCGGGCGCCUGCGCGAGGAGGUGCGCCGGCUGCGGGCGGAGCUCGCGGGCGCCGCCCGCGGCGAGCGCGCGGCGCCGCCGCGGGCGCGCGGCGAGCCGAGGCCGUGCCCGAGCGAGCCGUCGCCGAGGAGCUCGUCGGAGGUGUGCCCUACUUUCACCGAGCGCGAGCCUGUCGAGGAUCAUGUGGCCGCGCCCCCGGAGGGCUCCAGGGCCAGCACGAAGAACUCGGAGCCCAUGACCUACGAACCUGGUCCUUCUAUGGGCCUGCGCAGGAAAGGGCGGGACACCGUGAGGGAAGAACAACUCCUUGCGGGGAGGGGCUGUGUCUGGAGACUGGUGACAUCGACGUCGUUUGAAGUGACAAUCGGCGUUGCCAUUAUCGCGAAUGGAGUACUAAUGGCAGCGGAGGCUCAGUACGCGGGACUCCGCUUGGCGCAUGACGUUGGGCAUGAAAGCGCAGAUGGUGGUUCUGCACAGGAAUGGCCACAUGCCUCGGAGACGUUCGAUAUUCUACAAUGGUUGUUCGGGGUAAUCUUCUUGAUCGAGGUCCUACUCAAGAUUGUAGGCUUGCGCUUCGAAUUUGUGUGCGAUGCAUGGAACUGGGUAGAUCUGGUGAUUGUGGUGAUGUGGCUGUACAGUUUGAUGGGCCAGCUCGCUGUCAAUGCACAGUUUCUGCGGCUUGCUCGUUUGGUCCGGAUGUUGCGACUCCUGCGUAUUAUCAGGUUCAUGCAGAGUCAUCUGACGGAGAGUUUAUUUCUCAUGUCCACCGCUCUCGCGGGCAGCAUCUUUACCACAACGUGGGCAUUCCUCCUAUUCAUCAUUGUUCAUGCAAUGCUAGCGUUGUUCAUCAGUCAGACUCUCAGCGAGUUUUACUUUGCAUCGGAGCCUUCUAGGCACGAGGGGCACCUCGAAGUGUUCGAGUUCUUCGGUUCUUUCUCCCGUGCAUUCCUCACAAUGUUUGAGAUUACUUUCGACGGUUGGUCCCUCGGUGUGAGGGCGUUAGUGGAUAAUGUCAGCGAAAUUUUCAUCAUAUACGCCGUGCUCCACAAAGUCCUCAUUGGAUUUGCCGCCGUGGGAGUCCUUGGCGCAGUUUUCAUCCAGGAGACGUUCGAGUCAGCCCAAAUGGAUGACAAUCUGGUGGUGAGACAGCAGCACCGCAAGGAGCGCCUGCAUUCUAAGAAUAUGCAGCGACUCUUCAUGGACGCUGAUCUUGAUGGCAACGGUUCUGUUGAUCUCGGCGAGUGGCUUUCUAUAUGCAAUGACUCGUGGGUGCAAGUCUGGCUUCGGGCCCAAGAUAUCGAUGAGAUGCUAGCCUAUUGUUCGAACUUCUGGAUGAUGGCGACGGGAAGCUCACUGCGGACGAGCUCAUCCAUGGCAUGGCCUCGCUGA